AAUAUAUUAUUUAUCAUAUUUGAUGCAAAAAAAUAUAAAAUUCUGAAACUCGAACUGACUCGACCUCUUCAAAAAUUGUGUGGCUCGAACACGACUCGACUCGAAAUAUGAAUUGCUAAACUCGGCUCGACUCGACUCGAAGCCAAAUAACCUCAACUCGUCCAUCUCUAUAAACAAUGUUAUUUUUUUUUAAAUUUCUUUUUAAUUUUUACACUACAGAUUUUCCUCAUAUUACUCUACAUAAUGAAAAAUUCCCAAAAAAUUCAGAAAAAUGUAAGCUGUGGGUUAGGGCCCUCGGACGCAGGAAAUGGCAGCCCAGACAAACCAGCUUCAUAUGCUCGAAACACUUCGUGGAGGAGGACUUUGACCGCACGUCACCGUUCCGCAUCCACCUGAAGAGCAGCGCGGUGCCCAGCGUGUUGCUCGACCUGCGCGAGGAUGUGAAGGAAGAGCCCGACAGUGAAACUUCGACGUGCGCCGUGGGGAAUGCUGCCUCGCUGCCCCCGGCCACGGACCCUGCGGUGUCGCCGGCCACACGUCGCUCAGACUCGGUUUCAGCAAAGGUCGCGGCCAGUGGCGCGGGGGCGGACACGAGUCAAGAGCACAACAUUGCUGCGUUCCUGGCCGACCCGCUGAGCGAGCGCGAGGCGGGCCCCCACGGCUGCGUGCUGUGCGGGCGGCACGCGGGGCCAGCGGGGGCCUCGCGCGCGCCCCUGUGCCGCCGGCUGGCCGUGCUGGCGGGGCGCGCCGGCCUGCGGCCGCCCCCGGGCUCCGUGCUGUGCGCACGCUGCGCCCACCUGCUCAGCUACGCGGACCGCCUCGAGCUGGAGCUGGGCCUGCUGCGCCGCACCGUCGCCGACUGCGUGUGCGCCACGCACCACCUCUGCCUGCCGCUCCCAGAUGCACGACCUGUGCAGAUCACCGACAGUUUCCCCUUCACUGCUUUGAACUCCCUCCACGAGACCUACUGCCAAGUAUGGGCCCGCCCCAUUGUCCUCAUUGGCUAGCUCCCCCGGGACCCCUGGGGGUGGCCCGAGCGCUGGAGCGCUCAGGCGAGCUGGGUAUCAGGCGCUCAGAACUUUGCGA